AGAUCAUGAGUCAACCAAACGUGUGAUCCACGAUUUUACUUCCUCUGGUUGGACUUCAUUUCUGUUUUGAGAACACUGUGUCUGUUCACGCCACACUAACAAGAAAUCGGCACAUAUUAAUCACACAAGACGGAGGAGUAUCUCCAUGAUCUCUGUUCUUGAAUCUUAAAAAAAGUCACGCAGACGCAUGGGUGAGAUUGUUAAUUUCACAACUACUGAAUCAUUAUUGAAUGUCAUGACAUGCCAAAGCACGGAACCAAUCGUCAACGCCACCGCGGCUUGGCCGUCGGUUGCCGGGGAGGAACAGCCGCUCGGCACGGUCCAAAUCGCCAUCGCCGUGACGAGUUGCCUCAUUUGCUCCAUCACCGUGCUGGGCAACCUGGUAGUCUUGGGCGCCUUCUGCACCGACCGUCGGCUCCGCACCUACACCAACUACUACAUCGUGGGGCUCUCCGUCUCAGACCUCGUCGCAGGUCUCAUUACAAUGCCUCUGUACACCGUUUACUGGGUGCUGGGUCGCUGGCCCUUCGGUCCUGCCGUUUGCGACACCUAUUUGUACCUCAACCACGUCUUCAUCCACAUCUCCGUCUUAGGAAUCUUGGUCCUCGCUGCCGACCGGUACCAGGCUGUCUACCAUCCGUUCAAGCACCUUCGUAGGCGCACGUUGCGUCACGCUACCUUCAUGAUCUCAAUCUCCUACGUCAUUCCCUUCCUCAUAUGGCUUCCCUGGUGCCUUCUCUGGCCGUACAUCGUCGGUGCCCGUCGGAUCAGGCCCGGCUUCUGCUACCCCCAGUACGUGGAAAGUCUCGUCUUCUCCAUAUUAGCACCCAUUUGUUUCUUCUGGAUACCCGUGCCGAUCACCUCGGUGCUCUACUUGCGGAUCUACCGCGUCAUCCGCAAGUCUAAGCAACAAAGGCCAGUGAGGAUGACCAACCUAGGCACCAGUUGCUCCACCCAAGAUCCAGCCAGCGGAUACAGCAUUCCAACCGCCGAUCAGCAGCCUCCGAAGAACCCAGCAGUCCUAGACAUCCACUCUACAGCAGCUCCUCUCUCAGCCGCCAAUUACAACCACACAACCGAGCUCCCUUCUUGGCACGAAAACCCAAGUUUUGAAGCCGACGUACAGCUCAACAACCACACCGUACCAUCAUUGUCCCGCAUUGAGAAAUACCCUGUAAACAGACCCACAACAGGCCAAGCUAGUGAUGGAGGGCCAGGCUCUACGACUACGACCAAGCCGACCGAGCACGAGCGGGACUUUAGUACCCGGGAAAGCCACCGAGCGAUCCGCACUCUUACGCUCAUCCUUGUCGCUCUGCUCGUCUCGUCCGUCCCUUGGUCCGUACUUGUCAUAAUCUACUCUGUCUGCCCAAGCUGUAUCCCUCUUGUUCUCUACCAGACCAGCGUGUACUUGGCACACAUGAACAGCACCGUGAAUCCGUUUUGCUAUGCCGUGGCUAACCCGCUCUACCUGGACGCCCUCAAGAGGCUGGGCUUGUGCUGGAGACGGACCACAGUACCAACAAGGGCCGGCCGAUCGUCAAGCCGACCGCGCACCAUUAGCGUGCAAAACACCAUGUUGUAGAUAAGAACUGUGGAGCCAAUGAUUUUCUUCUAAAGGGAAGUUUUUAAUUGAUUUGUAUCGCUACGGUUAU